AUUGGUUAUUUUACGUUAAUCAAAGUUUCAAUUGAAACAAAGUGAUCUUUCAUUCUUGAUUGAUUCUGGAAUCCAUUCUCCAUCCAUACUCAUAGUAGCCUUUCUUCUGGGUCCUCAUGGCUUUGCGAUCAUGUUCCUCUUCCUUCAUCUAUGAGGUGUUUCUCAGUUUCAGAGGCGAAGACACACGUCACGGUUUCACUGGCAAUCUCUACAAAGCCCUUGAUGACAAGGGAAUCCACACUUUCAUUGAUGAUGAGAAGCUUCAGAGCGGAGAGGAAAUAACACCUGCUCUUUUGAAUGCAAUUGAAGAGUCCAGGAUUGGCAUCACUGUGCUCUCUAAAGACUAUGCUUCCUCCUCGUUUUGCUUAGAUGAACUUACAACCAUCCUUGACUGCAGGACAAAAGGGCUGUUGGUCAUACCAGUCUUUUAUAUGAUGGACCCUUCAGAUGUAAGACACCAGAAAGGUACUUAUGGGGAAGCAUUAGCUAAGCAUCAGAAAAGAUUCAAAGCUGAAAAGUUGCAGAAAUGGAAGAUGGCUCUCCAACAAGUGGCUGAUCUCUCUGGUUAUCAUUUCAAACAUGGAAAUGAAUAUGAACACGAGUUUAUUGGGAGGAUUGUUGAGCGGGUCUCUAGGGAGAUUAGCAGUGUUCAUUUACCUGUGGAUGAUUACCUAGUGGGACUAGAGUCAAAAGUCCAAGAGGUAAAGAAGCUUUUGGAUUUAGGAUCUCAUGAUGGUGUUGUGAUAGGGAUCCAUGGAAUGGGUGGGAUAGGAAAAACAACACUUGCUCUGGCAGUUUAUAAUUUGAUUGCUGCUAAUUUUGAUGAAUCGUGUUUUCUUCAAAAUGUGAGAGAAGAAUCAAACAAAUAUGGGCUAAAACACCUCCAAAGCAUCCUUCUUUCGAAAAUCCUAAGACAGAAGAAUAUCAUCUUAACAAGUUGGCAAGAAGGAGCAUCAAUGAUACAGCAGAGGCUGAGGCGAAAGAAGGUUCUCUUGAUUCUAGAUGAUGUUGACAAGAUUGAGCAAUUAAAGACAUUUGUUGGCAGAUGUAAUUGGUUUGGUCCCGGUAGCAGAGUCAUCAUUACCACUCGGGACCAACAUCUUCUGACAUCUUAUGACGUUAAAAGAACUUAUGUUGUGAAUAAAUUGAACUAUUAUGAUGCUCUUCAAUUACUAACAUGGAAAAAUUUUAAGAGGGAAAAGGCUGAUCCAAGUUAUCAGGAAGUUUUGCAUCGUGCAGUAACUUAUGCUUCUGGCCUUCCAUUGGCCUUGGAAGUAAUAGGUUCCAACUUGGUUGGAAAAAGUGUAGAAGAAUGGGAUUCUGCUAUUGAACAUUACAAAAGAAUUCCUAGUGAUGAAAUCCUAAAGAUACUUAAAGUAAGUUUUGAUACUUUGGGAAGAGAAGAGAAAAAUGUUUUUCUUGACAUUGCCUGUUGCUUGAAAGGAUGUAAAUUGACAGAGAUUGAACAUAUGCUUCGUGCUCUUUAUGAUGACAGCAUGAAACAUCAUAUUAGUGUGUUGGUUGAAAAAUCUCUCAUAAAGAUUAGUCAGAGUAGUACGGUCGAAAUGCACGACUUGAUUCAUGCUAUGGGUAGACAAAUUGACCAACAUGAAUCACCUGAAGAGCCAGGAAAACACAAGAGGCUAUGGUUACCAAAAGAUAUAAUUCAAGUUUUAAAAUACAACACGGGAACUGGUAAAAUUGAUAUCAUCUGUCUAGAUAUCUCCAUAUCUAAGAGAGAAGAAACGAUACACUGGAAUAGAAAUGCCUUCAGAAAGAUGAAAAACCUUAAAAUACUUAUCAUAAGAAAUGGUAAAUUUUCUGAAGGUCCCAAUUAUUUUCCAGAAAGUUUGAAAGUACUGGAAUGGCAUCGAUAUCCUUCAAAUUGUUUACCAUCAAAUUUUGAUCCGAGAAAACUUGUGAUAUGCAAGUUACCUCACAGUCCUUUUACGUCAUUUGGGUUUCAUGGUUCAUCAAAGAAGUUGGAGAAUCUAACCGUCUUGAAUUUUGACAAGUGCAAUUAUUUAACGCAGAUACCUAACUUGUCUGAUCUCUUAAAUUUGGAAGUACUUUCAUUUAAAAAGUGUGGGAGAUUAAUAGUAGUUCACGACUCAAUUGGUUUUCUGAAUAAACUUAAAAUAUUGAAAUCUAAAGGUUGCAAGAAGCUUAGGAGAUUUCCACCUCUCAACUUGACCUCUCUUGAACAACUUGAACUUUCAUAUUGUUCAAGUCUUGAGAAUUUUCCAGAAAUAUUAGGAAAGAUGGGAAACAUAAGGAAACUUAGUUUGUUUGAACUUCCCAUAAAAAACUUGCCUGUUUCAUUUCAUAAUCUUACUGGACUACAAGAAUUAGAGAUGAGCUGUGAUUUUGUUCAGUUAAGUAGCACUGUCUUGACGCCUGAACUGUCUGAUUUUAGAGUUCAUAAAGGCAAGGGGUGGCAAUGGGUAAAAUCACAAGAGGGUGAAGAAAAAGAGGGUUCAAUGGUAUCUCCAAAGAUACAUAUGUUUUGGGUUUUAUCUUGCAACUUGAAUGAUGAUUUUUUUUCAGCAAGUUUCAAGCAGUUAGCUCAAGUGAGUCAUUUGAGGCUAAGGGAAAGUAAUGUCACAUUCCUUCCUGAAUGCAUCAAAGAAUUUCACAGCCUAUUUUCUCUCGAUGUGAAUGAUUGCAAGCAUCUUCAGGAAAUUAGAGGGGUUCCACCAAACUUGAAAUAUUUCAGGGCAAUAAACUGUACAUCCUUGACUUCCACGGGUUCAAGCAUGCUGUUAAAUCAGCAGCUUCACGAGGCUGGAGGGACUGAUUUUAUCUUUCCAGGAGGAAGUAUUCCAGAGUGGUUCCAUAAACAGAGGAAGGAACCUUCAAUUUCUUUCUGGUUUCGAAAUAAAUUCCCUGCCAAAGUUCUUUGUCUUCUUAUUGCACCUGUACUGGGUGAUAACGUGACAGGAUUGGUUAGAUACAUUAUGUUCAUCAAUGGCAGAGUUAGAAAACAAUAUUUGUUACAUUAUCUGAACAGACAAGUGAAGAUGUUGGAAUCAGAUUAUACACAUCUCUUUGAUCUACAACACUCACAUUUCUCCACUGAUGAUGAUCUGAUGGAAGAAGUGUCUUUAGAAAAGGAAUGGAAUCAGGUGACGAUCACAUAUGAAGGUUUGAUAGAGAGUUCCCUCAUUAAAAUAAUCGGAAUCCAUGUUGUAAAAGAGGAAAACAGCAGCAUGGAGGACAUUCGAUAUGAUGAUCCUUAUGCAAACACAAAUGAAGACAAUCACCUCAACACUUCCCAAUCACAACCCUUCUGUGAAAGAGGUUUAAUGUUGACAUGCAAGUUUUUUAUAGGUUCCUUUAUGUUGUUCUCUUGCUUUGUAUUAUUAAUUUUAUCUAACCUCACAAACAACCCAACCUGAGUAUCACCACUCUAUUUAGUUUUGCAUUGUAAUUUUCCUUUCAAAUCCCAAAACUAUGAUUGAUUAAGAUUUGAUGC